AUGGUAAUGGCAACGGCAACGGCAACGGAAACAAUGGUAAUGGAGGCUUUAAUGGAAAUGGCGGGUUUAACGGUAACGGCGGGUCUCAUGGCAACGGCAAUGGAGGUUUCAAUGGCAACGGCGGGUUCAAUGGCAACGGAGGUUUCAACGGCAACGGAGGUUUUCAAUGGAGGUUUCAACGGCAACGGCGUCAUCAAUGGCAACGGAGGUUUCAAUGGCAACGGGUACUCCCUGGCCGAUGCCAUUGGAGGUGGAGGCGUCCCAGGUGUGGACUACCCCAUCCUGGCCUCCGUCCCCGCCACCGGCUUCUCCUGCAACGGCCAACUGCCUGGAUAUUACGCUGACACUGCACAACAAGCCGGAUGCCAGGUGUUCCACAUCUGUCAAGCAGGAGGGAGAAUCAACUCAUUCCUUUGUCCCAAUGGAACAAUCUUCAACCAGCAAUACUUCGUGUGCGAUUGGUGGUACAACUUCGACUGUUCCACGGCUGAACAGUUCUACGGUUUAAAUGCUCAAAUCGGAGUCAGCAACGGUCACAAUGGAAAGAAUGGCAAUGGAAACGGAAAUGGCUUUAAUGGCAAUGGUUUUAAUGGAAAUGGUAAUGGCUUUAAUGGAAAUGGUAAUGGCUUUAAUGGAAAUGGCAACGGUUUUAACGGAAAUGGUAACGGUUUUAAUGGAAACGGAAAUGGCUUCAAUGGAAAUGGUAAUGGCAAUGGUUUUAAUGGAAAUGGCAAUGGCUUUAAUGGAAACGGCAAUGGCUUUAACGGCAAACGCUAUAAUAAUGGUAAUGGUAACGGGAAUGGAAAUGGUAAUGGAAACGGUAAUAAUGGAAACGGAAUGGCAAUGGAAAUGGAAACGGGAAUGGCAAUGGAAAUGGAAACGGGAAUGGCAAUGGAAAUGGAAACAAUGGGCAAUGGAAUGGAAACAAUGGGAAACGGUAACGGGAAUGGUAAUGGAAACGGAUAUGGCAGUCGUAUCAAUGGCAAUGGAAGAAGAUAUGGCCGGUGA